AUGCGCACUACGAAUGCACUGUCCGGUUUCACUGUCCGGACUCCACGUGUAGAAGAUGCCGGACAACAGACGAAUACAGGGUCCCGAAGAGUCUCAUAAUCCUGCCGUCUUCCUGAAACCCUCUGAAAAACCAGGGAAUCCCGAUCUUCUCAACCAAGAAGGAUGCCGCAUUGAUGGAAGAAAGCCAGAAGAAAUACGUCCAAUAUAUAUGAAGACAGGGUUGAAUGAUAGAGCCAGUGGAUCGGCCUACGUUGAGCUUGGAGCCACGAAGGUCAUGUGUGCAGUGUAUGGGCCGAAGGAAGUUCCCCGUAAAGAAGAUACUUUACUUCAAGGUAGACUAACCUGUGAGUUCAAGUUUGCUCCGUUUUCAUGUCACCAACGAAGGCAACACCAGCAGGAUCAAGAAGAAAAGGAGUUCAGUAGUCUUGUGGUACAAGCCCUGAGCAGAGCUGUUCGAUUGGUUCAUUAUGGCUCCAGCUGUCUGGUUGAUCCAAGUCUUGACGAGGAAGAGAGAGUGAGAGACGGAGUGGGCGGAGCCAAAGGUCACGUGACAGUGGUCUACCUGUCAUCACUGGACGAGGUCACUUCCAUCAGACAGACUGGCUGCAUGCUCCCUGAUGACCUGAUGAUGGCAGUUGAUGCUGGGAUUGAGAGUUGUCUGAGACUGAAACACAGAAUGAAGUGCGUUCUCUGCACGUAACGAUUCACUGAUCACCACCAUCAAAUAUAUAGUCUCGUGUCAAAAAUAAAUAACUUUCAGCCUAUAACUUCAUAUUAUAUAAUAUUAUUGUGAGUGUCUCCCUAUUACAAAAGAGUGGUUCUACUAUAAUAUCUGAUCAACACAAUAUCAUCUGCAUGAUGCAUAGUACACUGUACAAGUCACACAAGUCAUGGAGCACAUGCAGCAGUGUGUUAAUCAGAGUCCGAGUCACUAGAUCCCGUUGAUGAUGAUGAGUCGCGAUCAUCUCCAUCUCCAUCUCCAGCUCUCGACGUCUUCCUCUUCUGCUGGGACUGCUCAAAGAAGUAGUCGAAAGCGUACGGCUCUGUCUUCAUGUGCACCGUCUCCAUUAGCUGGGCUCUCUUGGUGUGUGUCCGGAUCUGGGCUACAAACUCCGAGUCGUUUCCAGCGGCGAUCUUGAGUCCCGACACAAAGUUGAACAGUUCCUGCGGAGUCUUCACGUCCCUGACCCCGCCCCUGUCAAAGAACCCCGAGACGUUGGUGCAGUCUCGCAGGAGGAACUCGAGUCCGUUGGGGUGAGACGGCUCCACCGACUGGCCCACGUCGAUGAAGAACACCCUCUCUCUGUGCCAGAGGAGGUUGUACUCACUGAGGUCUGCGUGGACCAGGCGGCACUUCUGGUACAUCCCCUGCAUCCCCUGUAUGGUCUGGUGGUAGGCGCUGGUCAUCUCCUCGUGACUCAGUCUGGCUUCCUUCAGCUUGGGGGCCGGCCGCUGGUCCUGGCCAAUGAAACUCAUUAUGAGCACGUGUUUCUCAGCAGCACCACCUCGGGGCAUGCUAUCCCUCCUUCACGAAGUCUCUUCAGGUUGUGCAUCUCCUUCUCGGCCCACAUGCGGACAACCUUGCGAGGGUUCUGUUUCCCGAAGCGAGCCUUGAAACGAUAGUCGUCCUUGAUGUAGCGAUCUCUGUUCUUGAAUUUGUUCAGUGUGGUCUUGAAGACCUUCACCGCACACUCCGUUGGUAGAGGACGCUCCUCGAAACUGCAGUAGACAACACAUGUACAUGUACUAUGGAAUAAAAACGGAAUUACAUCGUGUCUAGACUGAUGAAACAAAGAGCUGUCCAUACAAGCAUUUCUCGGAAACCAAUACGUUAAAGGUUGUUGCUUGU